UGUGUGUGUGUCGGGGGGGGGGGGCGGGGGAGGAGAGGAGAGGGGAUUCUUUUUCUGUUCUCCUGUUCUACUUCUGCCCGCUCUUUUCUGCCCUCCCCUAAUUUCUGGGAGCCAAACUUCGCAGGGCCGGGUCAGAGUUCGGGGAGGCCUGGAGCUCGGGCGCGGCGGAGUGAGGAAGGGGCGGGGGGCUGGAGCUGGGGCCUGGAUUUCGUUUCCUUUUUUGUCUUUCCUUCCCUCGGAGUAAGAGGCCCCGGGCCCCGCCUGCCCCGCCUCUCCCACUCUCCAGCCGGUCCCCGACCCCGGGUCGCGGCCUUCCCCUUUAAGGGCUGACCGCGCGGGGCCCAAAGUUGGGAUGACGCGUGGGGCGGGUCACGUGGGGGCCCCAGGCCAGUGCCUGUCAGCCGCCGUGGCCCGAGCUCCAAGUCCAGCUCCGGGCUCAGCCCCCCCCUAAGUCCGGGCCACCGCCGUCGCCGCCGCAGCCAGGUGAUGGGCCCAGCCACAUACCUCUCUCUCUUCAUUACCUUGCCUGAGGCUCUUUCUGAAUGAGGGACCUUCCCUGAAAAGCCCUAUUUGUGGUCAUCACUUCCCACGGUCCCUGCUCCUGCCAUGGACCCCGAUGGUGAAGGGGGGGAGCAGAUACCUGAAGAAGAGACCUCAGGGCCUGGGCCUGGGGGAGCCAUUGGAAUGGGAAUCCAAGAGAAUGCCAGGGGUGGGCCUCGGAGUCUGGCCCAUGGCAAGGUUGAGCCCAAGAAAUAUGCAGUCACUGAUGAUUACAAGCUGUCCAAGCAAGUGCUGGGCCUGGGUGUGAAUGGAAAGGUCUUGGAAUGCUUCCACAAGGUAACAGGCCAGAAGUGUGCACUGAAGCUCCUGUAUGACAGUCCCAAAGCUCGGCAAGAAGUAGAGCAUCACUGGCAGGCCUCAGGUGGACCCCACAUUGUGCGCAUCGUGGACAUCUAUGAGAACAUGCACCACAACAAGAGGUGCCUCCUGAUUGUCAUGGAAUGCAUGGAAGGUGGUGAGCUUUUUAGCAGGAUCCAGGAGCGAGGCGACCAGGCUUUCACAGAGAGAGAGGCGUCGGAGAUCAUGAGGGACAUUGGUACAGCCAUCCAGUACCUGCAUGCCAUGAACAUUGCUCACAGGGACGUCAAGCCAGAAAAUCUACUCUAUACUUCCAAAGGGAAAGACUCAGUGCUCAAGCUCACAGACUUUGGGUUUGCCAAGGAGACCACCCAGAAUGCCCUCCAGACACCCUGCUACACUCCCUAUUAUGUGGCCCCUGAAGUGCUGGGUCCUGAGAAGUAUGACAAGUCAUGUGACAUGUGGUCACUUGGGGUUAUCAUGUACAUCCUUCUUUGUGGCUUCCCUCCAUUCUAUUCCAAUACUGGCCAAGCCAUUUCCCCUGGAAUGAAGAGAAGGAUUCGAAUGGGACAAUAUGGAUUUCCCAAUCCCGAGUGGUCUGAUGUCUCAGAAGAAGCCAAGCAACUGAUCCGACUCCUGCUAAAGACAGAACCUACUGAAAGAAUGACCAUUGCUCAGUUUAUGAACCAUCCUUGGAUUAAUCAAUCAAUGGUGGUACCGCAAACCCCUCUUCACACUGCCCGAGUCCUGCAGGAAGACAAAGACCACUGGGAUGAAGUGAAGGAAGAAAUGACCAGUGCCCUGGCCACUAUGCGGGUAGAUUAUGACCAGGUGAAAAUCAAAGACUUGAAAACCUCUAACAACCGGCUCCUGAACAAGCGACGAAAGAAGCAGGCUGGUGGUUCCACAUCAUCUACGGGCUGCAACAACCAAUAAGGAGAAAGAGGCCUGAGGACUUAGGGGCCGGGGGCACUGAGGGAUGUCUAGCAGCCCAGCGACCAACUUUAUCCUCCCCAUCAUUUGGGGCAUGACUCAGGCUGGGCCUUGCAGUGUUGUGAGCCAGGCCUGGCAGGCGCAGAGCAAGGAGAGAUUCAGAUUUCUGCCAAGACUCAGGACAAUUAGGUUUUAGGGCAUUUGGCCUUUUAAGUGAAAAUGUUUUUUUUUUAUUGUUUGUUUAACAAAGUGUGGUAUGGGACUUAAAAACUGUGGCAAUAAUGAUGGUAUUUGGGACUCCACAGCUUUAGCCAUGCACCAAGGCAAGAGGGAGAGGGUGGGGUCAAAGUUUUUAGUUGGUUUUUUUUGUUUGUAGCAGCAAGAGUUGGUUAUUUGGUGUUGAGUGGCUAUUCUCCAGGGUCUUUAAAAGGGCUUAAACUUCUCAUGUUAGUGCUUCCAUUACUCCCUAGGUAUUUUCUCAAGAAGAGAGGAGCCUGUCUAGUUUGAAAUACCAUUGCAAAGCAAAAUACCUUGAGGAGCUGGAGCAAAUCAAAACUGGGCUUUCUUCUUCUCCUUCUUCUCCUUCCCCUCCUUCUCCUCCUCUUUCUGUUCCCCCCCUCUCUCUCUUUCUUUCUCUCUCUUUCUCUUCUCCUUCCUUCUCUCUCUCUCCCUCCUUCUCUUCCCCUCCCUCCCUCUCUCUCCCUCUUUCUCUCCCUCUCCCUUUCCAUCUCUCCUCUCUCUUUUCAUUUUUAUAGGUUUUCCUAACCACACUAAAUCUAUUUUGGAAGCUAAAAUUCCAAAUUUCACUGUUGUUCCGUCCAUUUUCCUGUCCCUUCCCGGCCAUGAAGAUGAGGAAAUUGUCAGAUGGAUAAGGGAUCUAGGCUGCACAAUAGCUCUAGAACAGAGCUGACACCUUCCCCAGUGCCUGAGAGGCAGCCUGAGUGCUGCCUGAGACCCAUGAUUUUUGAAUGGGUGGUCACUUCAUAUCCCUCUCAGCUUCCUUUCUUUCUGUCCCUUCUUCCUCUUUUUUCUCUAUUUUUGCUUUUUCUCUUAAACACUUUGCAGAAUUUCUCUUCAGGCCAUGCUCAUUCUCUUCAAAUUGUUUGGAACUUUGGGUGGAGAGAGAGGAGGAAACUGGUGGCUGUUGUGUGGGGAAGGGUGGCUGCUUGCUUUUCCUCUGUUAUAUCUCUAACACUUAGCCAGCCCACCUUACCCCAAAGGACACUUUCAGGUAGAAGAAAAUCUAAGAAAACAGGCCUCCAUUGUAGCUCUCUUGCCUUACCCUGAGCCCAAACGAUCCCAUAUGAUUCUUUGCUCAUCUUGAAGUUGUGGGUUUACCAGGACUAAAGUAACCCUGUGUGCUAGGGUUUACCUGGUCUUUGUCUGUAACUGAAUGGCGGGGCUGGGCUGAGGGGAUUCUGAGGUGAGUUUGGAGAGAGUCCUGGGGGUGAAGGAUGCUUUUAAUUCAUUCCAACUUUGCCAAAUGUCACUGUGACAAAAUACCAGCUAAAUUCCUUUGUCUAAACCAAA